AUGGCCGAAUUAUUUUGGAUAAAAACUGGAAUGCCUAAUUGCUUUGGAGCCAUAGACGGCAAGCAUUGCACUAUAACAGCGCCUGCUCAUAGUGGUUCUUUAUACUACAAUUAUAAAAAAACAUUUUCUUUGGUCUUAUUAGCUGUAUGUGAUGCAGAUUAUAAAUACACGUAUGUUAAUGUAGGAGCAUAUGGUUCUGAGUCUGAUGGUGGAAUUUUACGUCAAACUGAAUUUGGUCAAGCCCUAAUCAAUAAUGAGCUGGAUUUGCCAGAUGACUCAAAUCUUCCAAACUCAUCAUUAAAAUUUCCAUUUUAUUUAGUUGGUGAUGAAGCAUUUCCUCUAAAGCCCCACCUAAUGCGUCCUUAUGGCGGACGAUUGCUACCAAAAGAAAAAGAAAUUUUUAACAAUCGGCUUUCAUCAUCUCGCCGCUACAUUGAGAAUACUUUUGGAAUAAUGGUAGCCAAAUUUAGAAUAUUUCAUACAGUGAUUUCGGCCUCACCAGAAUUGGCAAAAUCCAUUAUAAAAAGUACCGUGGUUCUACAUAAUUUUAUAAGAAGCUCCAAAAACAGUAAUGAAUUUCAAAAAGAGGAAAUGGCAACAGGGGGAUCAUUAAGCAUCGGAGGUUGGCGUUCUUGUUCUGUGUCAUACACUUUUAAUAACUCAACAAGUUAUGCUCUAAAUUUAAGAGAUGAACUGUGCAGUUAUAUUAACUCUUUUCAAAAUUAG